CUUUCCUUUGUUUUUACUCCCACACUGUCAGUUCAGUUCCUGACAAGCGCAUGGGACAGAGGAACAGGUUAUUGUUUUGGUUUUAACGAUGUCUUACUUGUUCUACCUUUCGUUACUGCUGUACACUAGCGUAAUAUUUGCACAGGUAGAACAACAACCAUCGGCAGAUACAGAGACAGAAGUAGAAAAAGAUCUCACAAAAGAGCCGGGACAUCUGAAGAAAUUUGGAAGUGGAAGACCCACCUAUCUUAUUGAUGAAAUUGACGGUUUUCCGGACGUUGAAACAUUCUUCUCUAAGUACGUAUUCGGAUCACGUCCUCUGAAAAUGAAAGGAGCCGCCCAUUGGUCACCUGCUUAUCAUUUGUGGACAGAUAAAUAUUUCCUGUCUCUGGACAUCGACCCAAAUUCCACGGUUUUGGUGGAGGAACACAAAAAAGAGAACCGCACUCUACCGGUGAAAUGGAUGCAUUUUCAGAAGUUUGUACAGAUCUAUAAUGACUCGAAUAUAUAUAUGGUUCAAGAUGUCCCACCUUAUCUCAAACAAGAUGUGAUUCUUCCUUGUUGUAUUCAGUGUCCUGAAUUAUUUGAAGAAGGGUUUGCAACCACCGUUAUGUGGUUCAGUAGUGGUGGAACAAAGUCGGUCAUCCACACAGACAAUCUGGACAACAUCAACUGCUUGUUUCGUGGAGAUAAAGAAAUAGUCUUUGUUGACCCCAAGUAUCAGGAUAAGAUCCAACUGAACACCUAUGGCUCAUAUUCAAAUAUUGAUGUCGACAGAAUGGAUUACACACAAUACCCUGAACUGGCUGAGAUUGAGUAUCACCUUGGCAACAUGACUGCAGGGGACUGUCUUUACAUCCCCUACCUUUGGAUCCACCAGGUUCGUUCUUAUGGAAGCAAUCUGGCUGUCAAUGUCUGGUGGAAUAAUUCCAAAAAUCACCUCAUUGAUGUCAACAAAUGCUUGAAAGAGUGUAGACAUGAUCUCAGUUUGGCAGAUGUGAGCUUUUCCUUUAAAGAGGAUGACGAUGAUCUGAGCAACUUUCAGGAUAGAAUGUUUUAUAUAGCCGAGUCAAAAGACAUUGAACUGGAUGAUUUGAAACUUAUUCUGUUUGGGGAGAAAUUCGGUGAAGAGCUGGAGCAGAUGAACGCCGGUUAUGGAUAUGUAGCCCAAGUAAAGAAGUUAUUUCAAAAAUUUGAUUUGGAUGGAGAUUUGAAGAUCACUGAAGAAGAACUGAAUUCUCUACCGGAUGUGACAUGGGAAGAGUGUAUGGAUCUUGUCAUUGACCUCGGCCAUCUCUUAGAGGCUAUCAAAAAAGCAUCAAAAACGUCACAUGAAGAAUUAUGAAUGGUCUGUCUGCUAGUGACUAACUUGAGGUGGAAAUGUUCUAAAAUCUCACUUGCUGCAUUAUGGGGAAUUCAUCACAAAAUAUUUAUGGGUAAAACAAACCUUUCAUGGACUUCAUCCCAAAACAUUCAGAUAUUUAAUGUCUCAACCCUCAUCUAUCAGAAUUUCUGUGUAAGGGAAAAGCAAAAGAAAUAUGCAGCUCAGCCCGAUGAUAAAUUCAUAUCUUGGAUAAAAAUUUUAAAUUUAAAUUUUUAUGAAAAAAAAUUGGGGUUUUCUCUUUAAAUUUUUCAGAAGUGGGUGUUUGACCCUUUAUUUAUUUAUUUAUAUUUUUAAUUACCUACUGAUGAGAGGAAAGCAGUGCCCACGGCCCUUUACAGGGAUUCGAGUGGAGGGACAGAGUGUAUCUUCAAAUCAGAGAUCUGGUCUGAAUGCUUGCUGUAGCAUGGCCUCUGUUAAAGGCACCCAUGGACUAGGUGGUGAUGUUAACCUGGACAUCAGUUGUGUCUGUGACCAUGUAUGUUCCUUCAUCUAAACUUCAUCAUUAUCACAAACCCUUUUUUUUUUGAAUGGUGGCUUGGCAAAAAUAAUUUUGCACAUAUACUUUUUGUAAAAAGAACAAUAAACACAUUAAAACUUC